CACGGCAUUGCUAAUCGCCGCCAGCAUGUAUCUUCUAUCCACUGGAUAUGACUUUCUCUCCCCUCACACCAAGUGGGCCUGCGACUUUUCUCUCAAACUUUGUCUCUCAUGCAACGAUGUAGUAUAUAAAGCCCUGGCUGGGGAUGGCAUCCCCCACCCAUCGGUCUUUUGCUGACCCUUCUUCUUGAAGGACUUCUCUAGUGGCCUGUGGUGCAUGUAUAGAAUCAAUCUUCGAAAAUAUUUAACUAGGUAUAGCUGGGACUGAGUCUGUCCUUGCAUUCAACAACACCAUGCGCGGCUCUCAGUUGGUGCUCUUAUUGGCCCUGGCUGCACUCAGUUGUGCUACGCCCGAGAAUAAAUGGUCCUCCACGAUGAGAAGGCAGUUGCCAAAAGCACCCACUGGCGUCAAAUCGAUAAAAACUCCGAACAAUGUCACCAUCAGGUAUAAAGAACCAGGAACCGAAGGCGUUUGUGAAACGACGCCUGGAGUCAAAUCAUACUCCGGAUAUGUCGAUCUUUCGCCAGAAUCACAUACCUUUUUUUGGUUUUUUGAGUCACGUCGUGAUCCCGAGAAUGAUCCAGUGACUUUGUGGCUGAAUGGUGGUCCUGGAAGCGAUUCGUUGAUUGGGCUUUUCGAAGAGUUGGGCCCGUGUCACAUCACCCCAGAGUACGAAUCAAUCAUCAACCAGUACUCCUGGAACGAAGUCACCAAUCUCCUUUUCUUGUCCCAGCCCCUCGGCGUAGGGUUCUCUUACAGUGAAACCGAGGCCGGGUCCUUGAACCCAAUUACUGGAGUCACCGAGAACGCCUCGUUUGCUGGAGUCCAGGGUCGAUACCCAGUUAUUGAUGCCACAAUCAUCGACACGACCGAUAUCGCUGCACGCGCAACCUGGGAGGUACUUCAAGGCUUCCUCGGUGGCCUGUCACAGCUGGAUUCUGAAGUCAAGUCCAAGGAGUUCAAUCUCUGGACGGAGAGCUACGGAGGACACUAUGGACCAGCUUUCUUCAAUCAUUUCUACGAGCAAAAUUCGAAGAUUGCUAACGGGGAAGUGAGUGGAGUCCAACUCAAUUUCAACUCUCUCGGGAUUAUCAAUGGUAUCAUUGAUGCCGCCAUUCAGGCAAACUACUACCCGGAAUUUGCUGUCAACAAUACAUAUGGAAUCAAAGCUCUCAAUGACACAGUGUACAACUAUAUGAAGUUCGCCAACACGAUGCCCAAUGGAUGCCAGGAUCAGGUUUCUUUGUGUAAACUGACCAAUAGAACCUCGCUAGCUGAUUAUGCUAUAUGUACAGAAGCAGCCAACAUGUGCAGGGACAAUGUUGAAGGGCCUUAUUACCAGUUUGGCGGCCGUGGCGUGUAUGAUAUUCGCCACCCUUACAAUGACCCGACCCCACCGUCCUACUUCGUUGACUACCUCAAUAAAGACUCAGUCAUGGAUGCUAUUGGCGUGGACAUCAACUACACCGAGUCCAGCAGCGACGUAUAUUACGCAUUCCAGCAGACCGGCGACUUUGUAUGGCCGAAUUUCAUCGAGGACCUCGAAGAGAUCCUCCGACUCCCCGUACGCGUGUCUUUGAUCUACGGCGAUGCUGACUAUAUCUGUAACUGGUUCGGUGGGCAGGCCAUCUCACUCGCAGUGAACUACACCCAUGCAUCUCAGUUCCGUGCAGCGGGUUACACACCCAUGACAGUAGAUGGGGUUGAAUACGGGGAGACGCGCGAGUAUGGCAACUUUUCUUUCACCCGCGUAUAUCAAGCCGGGCAUGAGGUCCCAUACUAUCAACCGAUUGCAGCGUUGCAGCUGUUCAACCGUACUUUAUUUGGAUGGGAUAUUGCAGCGGGUACAACUCAGAUUUGGCCCGACUAUACCACCAACGGUACUGCGCAGGCUACACACACGCAGUCGUUCGUACCACUGUCCACAGCCUCAAGUACCAUCGUCGACUAGGAUUGCGGGGAAAUAUCCUUCUUUGGCAUGGCUAAUGUUGUGUUAUUUGUUCCGAUACUUGUCCUUAACCUAAAAGAGUGGCACGCAAGCUUUCUUAGUCAUGUUUGCCUUCAAGAUGAUUUAGCCUACCACGACGUCGUGCUACAACUUAUCAGGUUUUCUUACAACA